AAAUAUUAGUCUUUUUCGAAGUAAGGGUCAUAUUUUUGUCAAUAAAAUAUGAUAGACAAAUGAAAUAACAUUCAAGAUGGGUAAAAAUAAAAAGUUUAUGAACAAGAAACGAAAAGGAUCAUUUAAAUCUAUAUACAAAAAAAGAAAGAAGGCCGAAGAAAAAGAUAAAGAUAUUGUAAAUAAGAAAGCGAUUUUUAACCGUUAUAAAGACAAACAAAAAGUUGCCGAAGAAUUGAUAAAAAUAAAACGAAUGGAAGAAAAAUUUAAAAUGCAACAGGAAACAUCUUCAGAAAGCGAACAAGAAGAUGACACUUAUGAACAGUUAGUUUCUUGUUUUAAGCGGGAUAAAAAUAACUUGGUAAUAGAGAGUGAAGACGAAGAUUCUAUUAGCGACAAUGAAUCCUUAAAUAAUGAUAGGGUCAUGAAUAACAUGGAAGAAAGUAAUAUUUCAAAUGAUACGGACAAUGGUUUACAUGAAAGUGGUGAUGAUGAAAAGAUUGUGGUUGCAGAUGAAAUUGAACUAGAAAAUGAUGAAACUGACAAUGACCCUUUUACAAGUCAUUUUGAAUAUGAUUUGCCCGAUGAAUUAUUAGUUUCACUAUCAAAUAGCCCUCCAAACGAGAAACAAUUCAAUAAAACCUGGCCUUUACUAGGUAACCUAGUAGUAAAUAUUCCACAACCAUUAGAAUCACUAAAUAAAAAACCCAAAUUAAAAGUUUCCAUUCUUGAGGAAAAAAUAUAUGCACCAACAGGAACUGUGCCACACACAUUCAAUAUAGUUAACUUUGAUCACUUGAAUAUUAAAACACAAAUUAGGGGCAACAUAGUCGCUUCAAAUAAAAAAAAUCUUAUUAAAAACGAUUUGGAAUUAACUGAAGUCUUUACACCAUUGCAAAAAGAGUUAUUUGCAAUAAUGAAUAAUUAUCAGGAUUUGUAUUAUACUGAAAGAUCAUUUUUGAAUGCUGAUGAGAUUCGUUAUAUAUAUUGUUUACAUGUGGCAAAUCAUAUGUUAAAAACAAGAACUAAAAUUCUUCACCAUAAUGCAAAACUGGCUAAGAAAUUGGACAUAACUGAUGAAUAUCGGGAUCAAGGCUUAGUGAGACCAAAGGUCUUAAUAUUAGUUCCAUUUAAGGAUGCAGCUUAUAGAGUUGUUAAAACUCUUAUAGACAUUGUGGUGCCAAAAGAAGCAGGACAAGUUGUUAAUAAGAAUAGAUUUGAAGAUGAUUUUACUGGAGGAGAACUAAUAAUGCCCACUAAAAAUCCUAAACCUGAAGAUUAUGAACUACUAUUUAGUGGCAACACAGAUGAUACUUUUAGGCUGGGGCUUACACUCACCAAGAAAACAUUAAAACUGUACACAGAUUUUUAUGGAUCUGACAUAUUAAUAGCAUCUCCAUUGGGACUGCGAAUGAUUGUGGGAGCUGAAGGUGAAGAAGAAAGAGACUAUGAUUUCUUGGCGUCUAUUGAAAUGCUCAUAUUAGACCAAGCAGACGUAUUUCUCAUGCAGAAUUGGGAUCAUUUGCUGCACAUCUUAGAUCAUUUCCAUUUACAACCCAAAAAGACACACGGAACUGACUUUUCGAGGGUCCGCUCUUGGGCUGUCAAUGGCUGGUCUAAAUAUUACAGGCAAACCUUGCUUUUCUCAUCUAUUUCAUUGCCUGAGAUACGGUCAGUCCUAAACAAAAAGUGCCAAAAUUAUGCAGGAAGAGUUGUGAUUGCAAAUCCAACUGAAGUUGGUAGUAUACAGCAAGUUAUUGUUCAGGUUCCACAGCUAUUUCACAGGUUCAAUGCCACCAGUCCUUUGGCAUCUGUUGAUUUGAGAUUCGAAUAUUUCAUUAAGGAAAUUCUCCCAAAACAGAGGGAUACACUGAUGAGUCAUACGUUAAUUUAUGUGCCCAGUUAUUUCGACUUUGUGAGGUUACGUAAUUAUUUUAAGAAAGAGGACAUCAGUUUUGUACAAAUAUGCGAAUAUUCAAAGGAUGCAAAAAUUGCUAGAGCUCGGGAUAUGUUCUUCCACACCGAAGCACACUUCCUACUAUAUUCCGAACGUGUUCAUUUCUUUAGGAGAUUGCGAAUAAAGGGCAUAAGACAUAUAAUAUUUUACCAGCCGCCCACUUACCCACAUUUCUAUUCGGAAAUGUUGAAUUUAAUGCAGGAAAGCAAUCAAAACAAAUUUGGCGGCAGCGACUGCAACAUGACCGCGACGGUUUUGUACUGCAAGUAUGACAUGCAACGUGCCGCCGCUUUGCUCGGCGCGCAACGCCUGGCCCGCAUGGCCGCUUCCGAUAAAUCUGUACAUAUGUAUGUUACUGGAGAAAAAUAAAUCAUUUUGUUAU